AUGCCUACUCCUAUUGAGCUGAAUCUCACUUUGGUAAGACAACUGCUGCUCCACCAGAACUUGGUUGAAAUCCUGGAGAAGAUCAAGGAAAGCGGACAGGAGACCCUGGUGACUGUUCAUCAUACCAUGAGACAGAUACACCGUGUCAUGGAAAGAGUGAAGAAAGAUGCUGAGCACAGGUGCCGCCGGGGUCGGGGGCGGGUGGGGAUGCCGGGCCCGGGGGGUGAGGAGCGCUCGGGGGCCGUGGCUGGCCCCGGGCCGAGCGCUGACAGCCGCGUCCCGCCCGCAGGUGAGGCGCAGGAGGCCCUGCAGGAGCGGUACCGGCUGGGAUCGCUGCUGGGGCGCGGCGGCUUCGGCAGCGUCUUCGCAGCCACGCGGCUCUCGGACGGCGCCCCGGUGGCCAUCAAACGCGUGCCGAGGGAUCGCAUCCGGCACUGGGGCGAGCUGCCCGACGGCACCAGCGCACCCCUGGAGAUCGUGCUGCUGGCCAAGGUGUCCUGUGGCUGUGGCGGUGUCAUUCAGCUCCUGGAGUGGCUUGAGCUCCCCGACAGCUUCCUGCUGGUGCUGGAGCGUCCGGAGCGGUGCCAGGAGCUCUCUGGUUUCCUGGCAGAGCGGGGGUUCCUGCCAGAGGAGGAGGCGCGGGAGCUGUUCCGCCAGGUGCUGGAGGCCGUGCGGCACUGCACCAGCUGCGGGGUCCUGCACCGGGACAUUAAGCCUGAGAAUGUCCUGGUCGACCUGGCCAGCGGGCAGCUGAAACUGAUCGACUUUGGCUGUGGCGCCUUCCUCCAAGACACAGCCUACACCCAGUUUGCAGGAGCCCUGUCCUACAGCCCACCAGAGUGGAUCCAGCACCAACGCUACCACGGCGAGGCAGCCACGAUCUGGUCCCUGGGCCUCCUGCUGUGCCACCUGGUCAUGGGGAAGCACCCGUUCAGGAGGGGCCAGGAGAUCAUCCGGGGGCGAAUCUUGUUCCCACGAUGGCUCUCUCGAGAGUGCCAAGAUGUUAUUAAGAGGUGUUUGUCCAUGCAACCCUCGGACAGGCCAUCCUUAGAAGAGCUUUUCUGUCAUCCUUGGGUGAAGGGUGUUUCCCUGCCCUAG